AUGAAAGGUUAUGAGAUUCUUGGUUUCUUAGGAAUUCUAAGGGAGUGCAUAAAGGUUAUAUCCAAAAAUGGGAAGCUCAUAGCCACCUUAACCACAAUCACCAUCCUCCUAAACUCUCUCCUCUUUUUCACCGAGUUCUACUCCAGCAAGCCCAGGAUAAGCAACUUACUCAACGAAGAAACCCUUCUCUGUCUUUUGAAGUCCAAUAUCACAAAUAUCGUCGAUUCGUUCAAACAUAUCAAGAAAGAUGUUCAAAUCGCCAUUGGAUUUGAAUUCCUAUAUUUCCUUCUUUGUGAGGCUGUCUACCUCUUUUCCUUGGUCAUAGUGAUUCUGGGAUCAGCCGUAGCUUACAGCAAUAGGAACAUGUCUUGUGGGGACUUUCUUUCGAGAAUACCAAAGUUGUGUUUACGAACUUUAGUCACUUUGUUCCACUUUAGACUUUACACAGCAGGUGACAUCGGGCUUCUCUGGGUUUUGAGGCUUUCUGUAACGAUUCUACCUAUCGAUCACCCUCUUGUCCUAAUAGCCAUCAUAAUACUUGUCAUUUUGGCCUGUAUUUUCUACAUGUACGUAGCUGUCAUUUGGGACAUGGCCUUGGUGAUUUCAGUGAUCGAGAAGAGCUGUUAUGGACUUGAGGCAUUUGGAAAAGCUGAAGGGCUUGUUAAGGGGAAGAGGCUACAUGGGUUUACACUAAGACUUCUCCGUAUAAUAGUAUUGGAGAUUUUUCAUAUGAGUUUUAAGGUUAGACGGAAUCAACAAUCCGUAUCGACGCAGAUCAUUCGUGGAUUUUUUGGAACGGCUUUUAUUUGCCUCGUGGCAACGGUUUAUUUCUUGAGCUACGCAGUUUUGUAUUUCCAGUGCAAGGAAACACAUGGUGAAGAGGUUGAAUUGGAAGAAAGCUUAGAGUAUAGUAAAAUCCCCGAGAAAGAAGCUGCACAACAAGGGCAAGUUCGUGUGUGA